CGUAUAACCAGCCUCAUUUUAGGCCGGAUGUCCUAAGUGACCGGCAUUCAAAGCCUGGUUUAUUUUACUCUCAUCAGGAGUCAGGCGUGUCACGAGAUUUUUCCGCGGUAGCUGGUCAGCUCUGACUCGUGAGCGGUGCACAAUUGGCUAAGAAUGGGUUUAGCAUUUUGGCGCUCCCCCUCGGAGCUCCUGGAAACACUGCGUGGCACCCCAUACCACUGUCACAUUAUGAACGUGCUAGAGCUUGGGUGUCUUGGCUGGGGAGCAGUCAGGCCGCGCCCAGGGCGGGAGGGAAUCACUAGAUUCUCGCCGCGGAGACCUAGGGCCGCGCGGACCAAUGGGGCAGGGAAGCCGCCGCGGGGCGGGGCGGUGAGGGGCGGUGCCGAGCUGGUCCCGCGCUGGUCCCGCGCCGGUCCCAGUGGGCCCACUUCCGGCGAGCGGGUGCGCGGGAGCCAGGUGGCAGCCUGGUGUUGGUUUCAUUUUCCUUUGGAAUUUCUGCUUUACAGACAGAGCAAUGGCAGCCCGAGUACUUAUAAUUGGCAGUGGAGGAAGGGAACAUACGCUGGCCUGGAAACUUGCACAGUCUCAUCAUGUCAAACAAGUGUUGGUUGCCCCAGGAAACGCAGGCACUGCCUGCUCUGAAAAGAUUUCAAAUAACGCCAUCUCAACCAGUGACCACACUGCCCUUGCUCAAUUCUGCAAAGAGGAGAAAAUUGAAUUCGUAGUUGUUGGACCAGAAGCACCUCUGGCUGCUGGGAUUGUUGGGAACCUGACGUCUGCAGGAGUGCGAUGCUUUGGCCCAACAGCAGAAGCGGCUCAGUUAGAGUCCAGCAAAAGGUUUGCCAAAGAGUUUAUGGACAGACAUGGAAUCCCAACUGCGCAAUGGAAGGCUUUCACCAAACCUGAAGAGGCCUGCAGCUUCAUUUUGAGUGCAGACUUCCCUGCUUUGGUUGUGAAGGCCAGUGGUCUUGCGGCUGGAAAAGGGGUGAUUGUUGCAAAGAGCAAAGAAGAGGCCUGCAAAGCUGUACAAGAGAUCAUGCAGGAGAAAGCCUUUGGGGCAGCCGGAGAAACAAUUGUCAUUGAAGAACUUCUUGACGGAGAAGAGGUGUCUUGUCUGUGCUUCACUGAUGGCAAGACUGUGGCCCCCAUGCCACCGGCGCAGGACCAUAAGCGAUUACUGGAGGGAGAUGGCGGCCCUAACACAGGGGGAAUGGGAGCCUAUUGUCCGGCCCCUCAGGUUUCUAAUGAUCUAUUACUAAAAAUUAAAGAUACUGUUCUUCAGAGGACAGUGGAUGGCAUGCAGCAAGAGGGUACUCCAUAUACAGGUAUUCUCUAUGCUGGAAUAAUGCUGACCAAGGAUGGCCCAAAAGUUCUAGAGUUUAAUUGCCGUUUUGGUGAUCCAGAGUGCCAAGUAAUCCUCCCACUUCUUAAAAGUGAUCUUUAUGAAGUGAUUCAGUCCACCUUAAAUGGACUGCUCUGCACAUCUCUGCCUGUUUGGCUAGAAAACCACACCGCCCUAACUGUUGUCAUGGCAAGUAAAGGUUAUCCUGGAGACUACACCAAGGGUGUAGAGAUAACAGGGUUUUCCGAGGCUCAAGCUCUAGGACUGGAGGUGUUCCACGCAGGCACUGCCCUUAAAAAUGGCAAAGUAGUAACUCAUGGGGGUAGAGUUCUUGCAGUCACAGCCAUCCGGGAAAAUCUCGUAUCAGCUCUCGAGGAAGCCAAGAAAGGACUAGCAGCUAUAAAGUUUGAGGGAGCAAUUUAUAGGAAAGACAUUGGCUUUCGUGCCAUAGCUUUCCUCCAGCAGCCCAGGGGUUUGACUUACAAGGAAUCUGGAGUAGACAUUGCAGCUGGAAAUACGCUGGUCAAGAAAAUUCAGCCUUUAGCAGAAGCCACUUCCAGAUCAGGCUGUAAAGUUGAUCUUGGAGGUUUUGCUGGUCUUUUUGAUUUAAAAGCAGCUGGUUUCAAAGAUCCCCUUCUGGCCUCUGGAACAGAUGGCGUUGGAACUAAACUAAAGAUUGCCCAGCUGUGCAACAAACAUGAUACCAUUGGUCAAGAUUUGGUAGCAAUGUGUGUUAAUGAUAUUCUGGCACAAGGAGCAGAGCCCCUCUUCUUCCUUGAUUACUUUUCCUGUGGAAAACUUGACCUCAGUGUAACUGAAGCCGUUGUUGCUGGAAUUGCUAAAGCUUGUGGAAAAGCUGGAUGUGCUCUUCUUGGAGGUGAAACAGCAGAAAUGCCUGACAUGUAUCCCCCUGGAGAGUAUGACCUAGCUGGGUUUGCCGUUGGUGCCAUGGAGCGAGAUCAGAAACUCCCUCACCUGGAAAGAAUCACCGAGGGUGAUGUUGUUGUUGGAAUAGCUUCAUCUGGUCUUCAUAGCAAUGGAUUUAGCCUUGUGAGGAAGAUCGUGGCAAAAUCUUUCCUCCAGUACUCCUCUCCAGCACCUGAUGGUUGUGGUGACCAGACUUUAGGGGACUUACUUCUCACGCCAACCAGAAUCUACAGCCAUUCACUGUUACCUAUCCUACGUUCAGGACAUGUCAAAGCGUUUGCCCAUAUUACUGGUGGAGGAUUACUAGAGAACAUCCCCAGAGUCCUCCCUGAGAAACUUGGGGUAGAUUUAGAUGCCCAGACCUGGAGGAUCCCCAAAGUCUUCUCAUGGUUACAGCAGGAAGGACAACUCUCUGAGGAAGAGAUGGCCAGAACAUUUAACUGUGGGGUUGGCGCUGCCCUUGUGGUAUCAAAGGAGCAGACAGAGCAGAUUCUGAGGGAUAUCCAGCAGCACAAGGAAGAAGCCUGGGUGAUUGGCAGUGUGGUUGCACGAGCUGAAGGUUCUCCACGUGUGAAAGUCAAGAAUCUAAUUGAAAGCAUGCAAAUAAAUGGGUCAGUGUUGAAGAAUGGCUCCCUGAAAAAUCAUUUCUCUUUUGAAAAAAAAAAGGCCAGAGUGGCUGUCUUAAUAUCUGGAACAGGAUCGAACCUGCAAGCACUUAUAGACAGUACUCGGGAACCAAAUAGCUCUGCACAAAUUGAUGUUGUUAUCUCCAACAAAGCCGCAGUAGCUGGGUUAGAUAAAGCGGAAAGAGCUGGUAUUCCCACUAGAGUAAUUAAUCAUAAACUGUAUAAAAAUCGUGUAGAAUUUGACAAUGCAAUUGACCUAGUCCUUGAAGAGUUCUCCAUAGACAUAGUCUGUCUUGCAGGAUUCAUGAGAAUUCUUUCUGGCCCCUUUGUCCGAAAGUGGAAUGGAAAAAUGCUCAAUAUCCACCCAUCCUUGCUCCCUUCUUUUAAGGGUUCGAAUGCCCAUGAGCAAGCCCUGGAAACCGGAGUCACAGUUACUGGGUGUACUGUACACUUUGUAGCUGAAGAGGUAGAUGCUGGACAAAUUAUUUUGCAAGAAGCUGUUCCCGUGAAGAGGGGUGAUACUGUUGCAACUCUUUCUGAAAGAGUAAAAUUAGCAGAACAUAAAACAUUUCCUGCAGCCCUCCAGUUGGUGGCCAGUGGAACUGUACAGCUUGGAGAAAAUGGCAAGAUCUGUUGGGUUAAAGAGGAAUGAAGCCUUCUAAUUCAGAAAUGGGGCCAGUUUUGAAAGAAUUAUUUGCUGUUUGCAUGGUGGUUUUUUAUCAUGAACUUGGCCCAAAAGAAAAACUGCUAAAAGACAAAAAAGACCUCACCCUUACUUCAUCUGCUAUUUUUUAAUAAAUAGAGACAUUAAAAACAAGACUGGUUAGUGUAGCAUAUCUGAGA